AUGCAGGACAGUGGCAUCGACAUCUGUGCGCCGGAGGUGCUGUACCUGUACACGGACAACUUUGACUACCAGCACCCCCGGCGAGACUUCCUUCGCGGCAUCCUCAAUGAUGACAUCAUGGGAAACAAGAUCUUCACGCACGAGAUCAAAUCGCAGUACGCCGCCCGCAUCGACACGCUGCGGGCGUACGCGGCGGUGUCAAGGGACGUGCUGCGGCGCUGGGCCUUCCCCCUCGCGCCCGACUGCGCCUUCGGGGCCCACAGCGGCCGCACCGCUGUCACCCGUGGCAACCGGUACCGCGAGGAAGCGGUGUCAGUGGCGCGGUCAGCAGUGAUAGGGCCGGACACGCUGCUGGGGGAGGGAACAGUGGUGGCGGAGAGGGCGGUGGUGCGCGGGUCAGUGCUGGGCGCGCACUGCCUGGUGGGCGAGGGGGCCGUGGUGGACGGCAGCUUCCUCUGGGGCGGCGUCACGGUGGGCGCGGGCGCCGUGGUGCGGCAUGCAGUGCUGUGUGACGGCGUGCAGGUCAUGGCGGGGGGGACUGUGCACCCCGGCUGCGUGCUCUCCUUCGAUGUGGUGGUGGCAGCCAAUCACGUGGUGCCAGCUGGCACGCGCAUAGCGAGGGAGCAGCAGCCGGAGGAGGAGGGCAGCGAUGAUGAGAACACAGAAGGGCAUGGCAUGGCCCCACCUGCAGUGCGAAGGAAGCAGGGCAAGCGAGGUGACGAGGAGGAUGAGGAUGAUGAGGAGGAAGAGGAUGAGGAAGAGGAGGAUGAGGAGGAGGGAGAGGAGGAGAAGGAGGAGCUAUCAGAUGAAGACGAGGGGCCAUGUGAUGUGCAAGCUGUGGGCGAGGGCGGGAGGGGCUUCGCCUGGCCGCCCAGAACCCCCGCUGCAGCAGCCGUGGUGCGGCGGCAGUCGCUCGCGCCAAUCACAGCGCUCGAACUCGCUGAGCUUGCAAGACUGGCGAUUGGACGGGAGGAGGGCGAGGGGGAGGGGGGGGAGGAGGAAUCAGGAAGGGAAGGAGGGGCGGCCUUGGUGGGAGGGGAGGAGGAGGAAGAGGAAGACGAGGAGGAGGAGGAUGGGGAGGACGAGUUUAGCAAAGAGGUGGAGGAGAUGUUCAAGCGGGCCGUGGCGGAGGGGGUGGCGCAAGACAACGUGGUGCUGGAGGUCAACGCGCUCAAGCUGGCAUACAACCGGUCCUUUGCGGACUGUGCGGGGGCCAUGUUCCGAGGCAUGCUCAACCUCGCGGCCUCACAAGCUGCCCCCGGGGCACCCACCAAACCCUGCAAAUCCUUGGUUCCCACCCCGGCCCUGCUCUAUCACUCCUUGUCUGCUCACCCUGUUCCCCCACCCCGCCCCCCACUCUGCCCGCCCGCCAUCCCUCCCCCCCCUGCCCCCGCCCUGCCCUCAUCCGCCCUGCCCCCGUCCGCCCCGCUCAGAGGAGCUGCUGGCGUCCACACGUGCCGUGGUGACUCGGUGGACGUCGCUUCUGAGAAGGUUCCUCAAGGGCACCGACGACGAGGUGGAGGUGCUGCUGACAUUCGAGGAGCCACUGGGUUGGCCAUCCGCCUCUUGCUUCUGUGCCUUGCUGCUGGCACCUCCACGCUCCUCUCGCUCAUUCAUCAUCCCUCGCUCAUUCAUCAUCCCUCGCUCAUUCAUCAUCCCUCGCUCAUUCAUCAUCCCUCGCUCAUUCAUCAUCCCUCGCUCAUUCAUCAUCCCUCGCUCAUUCAUCAUCCCUCGCUCAUUCAUCAUCCCUCGCUCAUUCAUCAUCCCUCGCUCAUUCAUCAUCCCUCGCUCAUUCAUCAUCCCUCGCUCAUUCGUCAUCCCUCGCUCAUUCAUCAUCCCUCGCUCAUUCAUCAUCCCUCGCUCAUUCAUCAUCCCUCGCUCAUUCAUCAUCCCUCGCUCAUUCAUCAUCCCUCGCUCAUGCAUCAUCCCUCGCUCAUUCAUCAUCCCGCGCUCAUUCAUCAUCCCUCGCUCAUUCAUCAUCCCUCGCUCAUUCAUCAUCCCUCGCUCCACUCUCUCCCCAUGUAUGGCCCGCCUCUUCCCACGUAUGCUCCACCCGCCUCUUCCCACGUAUGCUCCACCCGCCUCUUCCCACGUAUGCUCCACCCGCCUCUUCCCACGUAUGCUCCACCCGCCUCUUCCCACGUCCUCGAAACGCUGUACGACAGGGACAUGGCGAGCGAGGAGGCCGCCAUGCCACAACACCCUCUCCUCAAUUUUCUCCGCCCCCUUCCCUCUCCUCCUCACUCCCACCCCCAGGUAGAGGCGCUGUAUGACAGGGACAUAUCAUGCGAGGAGGCGGUCAUGGGUGCUCGAAGCCCUGUACGACCGGGACAUAGGGAGUGCGGAGGCCGUCAUGGCGGCACACUCCCCCCAAUUCUCCCCCCUCCACUUUUGCUGCUUCCCCCGCUGCUCACUCCCUCGCAGGUGCUAGAGGCGCUGUACGACAGGGACAUAGUGAGCGAGGAGGCCGUCAUGGCGUGGGCCGAUGAGAAGCAGUUCGCCGACGCCGCUGACAAGGUGUUUGUCGAGCGAUCCGCCGCGUUCAUCAAGGUGAGAUGA